GCGCGAGCUAUUGGUUCCGCUUCUGGCGGAAGAAAAACAGGCAUCCGACUUGGAAGAUGUUCACCGACGCUCUGACGCAGAGGUUUGGCAAACUAAAUCGGGGCACCAUUUUUUAGAAGCUGGCAGCGGUGCGACAAAAGGGGAGCGUCGACGAGUACAUCUAGGAGUUCGAAAUCUUGGUGCCGCAAGCAUCGGGAAAACCAUAUCACUCCUCACUUUCUGUCCCUUUCGAUCUUGGACCUAGCAUUAUAAUGGGUGUUGAGGCUGAUGUGGCCACUAAGCGAAGACCAGAUCCUUCCUCAUUGAUUUAUGCUCAAUUGGGCCUUAAGUUGACAGUGUUGAACAAUGAUUUCCCUUUUUAUGACAUAGUCACAUAACAAAAAGUUCCUGCAAAUAUGGAUGAAGCACUUGAAGAUGAAUAUAAUACCCCUAUGGAUGACAUGGUAUUGGUUGUUGCUUAGAAAGGUGAACAAGCAAUGAAAAUGUCUCUUGAAGACGGUUUAGAAUAUGGCCUCAAGAUUUGGCUCAUUGCACGCAUCGAAAGCAGUGAAGAAACGAAACAAAACAAGUGUGCAUAAAUGGUGGAUGCCAUGAAGAAGGUGGCGAAGCUGGACAUUGAGCUGAGUGUGGAAGAGAGGAACUUGUUCUCUGUUGGAUACAAAAAUGUGGUGAGGUCACAGAGAGAUUCAUGGAUGAUCUUGUCAUCGAUAGAGCAGAAAGAGGAGUCAAAAGGGAAUGAGUUGAAUGUUAAGUGCAUAAGGGAUUAUAGGCACAAGGUCGUGUUGGAGCUGUCUAAUAUUUAUAGUGACAUUAUGAUAAUGUUAGAUGAGCAUCUUAUUCCAUCCACUAAUAUUGCGGAGUCCAUGGUGUUUUAUUAUAGGAUGAAAGGAGACUAUUACUGGUAUUUGGCAGAAUUCAAAGCUGGUAAUGAAAAGAAUGAGGUAGCAGAGCAGUCACUUAAAGCAUAUCAGACAACUGCUACCACUGUUGAGAGUGAAUUACAACCUACACAUCCUAUUCGUUUGGGUCUGCCUCUAAAUUUCUCUAUGUUUUAUUAUGAGAUAAUGAAUUCACCUGAAAGGGCCUGCCAUCUUGCUAAGCAAGCGUUUGGUGUUGUUGCCCUUGUUAUUGUUCUACUUGGCUGUUUGAAGGUUGAAACUGUACAGUUCUCCCAACCUUUGCCAUAG